CCUGACUGUAUAGCAGCUCAUUGAAGAGGACACAAGCUGACUUUAAACAGCAGGAACAAUCCAAGGACGCCAUGGGCACCAUACUCCUCUUCUUCAUCCCUCUUUUAUUCAGCCCGUUGGUCUUCAGCGGCUUCCUCGAAUACGACCAAGAUGUCCUGCUCUCACAGGACUGGACCCAUGCUGGUCGAGUGGAUCCUUCAGAGCCGUUGGAGUUGACCUUUGCCCUGAAGCAGCAGAACAUUGACCUGCUGGGGGAAACACUCAGUCGGGUGUCGGACCCUGACUCGGCUCAGUAUGGCAAACAUCUGAGUCUGCAGGAAGUUGCCUCUCUCGUGCGUCCUUCUGAGCUGACCCAGAAGGUGGUGCAACGCUGGCUGCAGACCCAUGGGGUUUCAAACUGUCGGACUGUUCACACUCAGGACUUUUUACAGUGCACCAUGACUGCAGAGGUUGCAGAGGUGCUUCUUCCAGGAAGUAGAUUCAACCGUUACAUAAGAGAAGGCCAGUCCAUCGUGAGAUCUUCAGCUCCAUAUUCUGUUCAUGAUGACGUUCACCAACAUCUGGAUUUUGUCGGAGGGCUUCACCGUGUCCCACCUAGAGAGAAAUACGUUAACCUGAAACAGACGCGGUCUAAGGCUGGGGUGCACCUCGGAGUGACUCCAGCCAUCCUGAGGGCUCGCUACAACCUGACGGCUGCUGACGUGGGAUCCGCUCAGAACAACAGCCAGGCUGUUGCUCAGUUUCUGGAGCAGUACUACCACCCAGCUGACCUGGCUGAGUUCAUGAACAUUUAUGGUCGGACCUUUCAGCAUCGCUCCGAGGUGGAUCGGGUUGUCGGGACCCAGGGAGGUGGAAAAGCUGGCCUGGAGGCCAGUCUGGACAUUGAGUACAUCAUGAGCACUGGCGCGAACAUCUCCACAUGGGUCUUUACUAAUCCAGGUCGUCAUGAGUCUCAGGAGCCCUUCCUCCAGUGGAUGGUCCUGCUCAGCAACAUGACUGGCCUGCCCUGGGUCCACACCAUCAGCUAUGGAGACGACGAGGACAGCCUCUCCGCUGCCUACAUGAUGCGCAUAAACACCGAGUUUAUGAAGGCUGGCGUCAGGGGCAUUUCUUUGCUCUUCGCCUCUGGUGACAGCGGAGCUGGAUGCAGGCAUCUGGGGAAAGACCAGAACACGUUCAGGCCCAGUUUUCCUGCUUCCAGCCCGUAUGUGACCACAGUUGGAGGAACGUCCUUUAAGAACCCAUUCAAAGUAACAUAUGAGGUCACAGAUUACAUUAGUGGAGGAGGGUUCAGCAACGUCUUUAAGAUGCCCGACUACCAGGCCAGCGCGGUGGAGGGGUACCUUAAAAGCGUCAAAGUGACACUUCCUCCUCAGUCAUACUUUAACACAAGUGGCCGGGCCUACCCAGACAUAGCUGCCCUGUCUGAUAAUUACUGGGUGGUCAGCAACAGAGUGCCUAUCCCCUGGGUGUCUGGAACCUCGGCCUCAACUCCUGUGGUUGGAGGCAUGCUGUCCCUCAUCAACGGCCAGCGUCUGGCGAAGGGCUUGCCUGCGCUCGGCUUCCUCAACCCACGCCUCUACAAACGUAAAGGACAAGGCCUGUUUGACGUAACUGAAGGGUGUCACCUGGGCUGUCUGGACGAGCAGGUUCAGGGGAAAGGAUUCUGUGCCGCUCCAUCGUGGGACCCAGUCACAGGCUGGGGGACGCCAAACUACCCUGCACUUCUGGCUGCCCUGCAGUCUUAGUGAACAGAACCAACCCAUCAGAGCUAAAAAGUGCACCGACGUAUGCUCCGAGAAUGGGUGCUCCACUCAGAUCAAACCCACAAUCAGGUUCUUGAUGCCAAAGGAGGGACAGUGGAAAAGCCAUACUUUUGCUUCUUGCUGCUGUUUUCUUUAAAUACAUUUAAAUGUUAAUUCAGUCUGAAGCAUCAACAGGGAUUAUAAUCACCUUCUUCAUUUAAGAGUUGCUGUAUUGCAUCUGCCAAGGAAUAACUUUUAAACAUUAAGUUGGAAUUAUCAAAGCUCCACUGGUGUUGCCUUUUUUUUUUUUUUUACAAAUAACAUUUUUACUGAUCAGUAUUUUCUUAAAUCUGGGGCAAAAAUGCAGCUUUUUUUCCUUUUUAAAUGUUAAAUAUGCAGAAAUAGUAACAAAUGGAGCAGUUUAUUAUGUAUAAAAUAAAGCAACUAUAGAAAAAUAGCUUUAAAAGAAAUCUGAGGAUCAGAAUCAUGCACUGGGUAGUUAUAUCUUCUUUUACCUAUUUGUCUCUGCAGGGAUAGAAUAAAACUUCCUUUAAUCCUAACAUACGCAUGCAGUUUAAUGUCUUUCAUAUUUAGGUAAAACAGGAACACUAUUUGUGCAGCUGUUGCUAUUGGCUAUGAAUCAUCAUAAUGCACAUAAUGUCAUGUGGGUUUGAAAAUUAUUCAGCAGUUUUACCCAUAAUACAUUUUUUUAUUGCAAAACUACAAAUCACAUGUUUUUUUUUUUUUCCCUGUGAAUUCAUUCAACUUAAAAUGUGAGAAGUGUCUAAAGGGUAUUGUGUAGGAAACAUAAGCAGAAAAUUAAAAUGAGAUUUGUUUGAUACUUUAA